AUGCCUUUCACUGAUAAGCAGCUGUUCAUUCACAGGCUCAGCGCUCACACAGGAACAGCGCAGCUCACCAGAAAGUGUCCACUCAGACCUCAGACUCCUGCUGGAGCCUUGGGUCCGUUCAGGUCUCAGCCGAAGCUCACUGAUGACCACCAGAGUCUGAUGGACAUGGACAGAACCAGCUGCAUGUCAACAAACAUCUUUGAGUGGGCUUUGGAGGGCAACGCCCUGGCACUGGAGGAUGACUUGAGUAAUCUGAGUGUGCGAGAUGAUGGCGGUGCCUCCCCACUUCACUACGCCUCCUCCAGAGGCCACGUCCAUGUCAUCAACCUCAUCGUCCAGCUCACCAGCUCACAGGAGCUGGACGUUAUGGAUGAUGGAGGAAACACUCCUCUGCACUGGGCCGUUCAGCAGGAUCAGAGUGGAAGCUGUUCGGUGCUGCUGAGUCUCGGCGCAAAUCCCAACAUCCUGAAUAAAGCGGCUCUCUCACCUCUGCACCUCGCCGUCAGCCUCAGACACAACCACAUCGUGGAGCAACUCGUGACACACAGAGACACGGACUUGAACCUGGAGGGUGAUCUGGGAAACACACCUUUAAUCCUCGCCGCUUCAGUGGACAACCACGAGGCGCUUCUCAUCCUGUGCAAGAACGGCGCCAGACUGUGCUGCCAGAACAAGCUGGGUCACUUCCCCAUCCACGCCGCCGCCUUCGCAGGAGCCAAGAGAUCCAUGGAGGUGGUUCUCCAUAAAGGAGAGGAGGUGGGUGUGACAAUCGAGACACACAUAAACUACGUGGACAAAUCCAUCAGCAGUCCUCUUCACCUGGCCGUACAUGGAGGAAACCUCGAGGUCAUCAAGCUCUGCAUCACUCAUGGAGCCAAAAUCGACCAACAGCAGUGUGAUAAAUCCACCGCUCUUCACUUCGCGUGCGCUCAGGGAGCCACUGCAGCCGUGAAGGUGAUGCUCCAGGCGUACAAGAGAGUGUGUGACAUCAUCAACAUCACCGAUGGAGCGCUCCAAACACCGCUACAUAAGGCGGCCAUUUUUGACCAUUACGAACUGGUGGAGUAUCUAAUCUCGCAGGGCGCUGACAUCGACUUUGCUGACUGUAAAGGCCACUCUCCACUGCUGCUCGCAACCAGCUGCGGUGCCUGGAGAACCGUUAAACUUCUGCUGUCACACGGUGCUGAUCUGACAGUUAAAGACAAAACUGGCUGUAACUUCCUGCAUCUCGCCAUCUUGCAACCUCGAGGUCUGAAGAACCUUCCAGGAGAUGUUCUGCAGCACGAGAGUGUGAGAGAGCUGCUGAAUGAUGAAGACUCAGAGGGCUGCACUCCUCUUCACUACGCCUGCAGGCUGGGAAUCCCCGACUCAGUGAAGAACAUGCUCGGCCUGGAAGUCUCACUCAACCAGAAGUCCAAGCAGAAGAAAUCAGCCUUACACUUUGCAGCUGAGUACGGGAGGAUCAACACGUGCCACCGGCUCCUGGAGACCAUGACAGAUACACGUCUGCUAAAUGAAGGUGAUGAGAAGGGCAUGACACCAUUACAUCUGGCUUCACGCGGCGGCCACGUUAAAGUGGUCGAGCUGCUCCUCAGAAAAGGUGCUCUGUUCCACAGUGAUUAUAAAGGCUGGUCCUGUUUACAUCACUCUGCAGCUGAGGGAUACACGCAGACCAUGGACAGCUUACUCAUAUCCAACAUCAAACUCCUGGACAAAGCCGAUGCAGACGGAAACACGGCGCUGCACUUAGCCGCGCGAGCCGGACACGUCGCUGCGGUUCGCUUGCUGCUGUCCAGAGGAGCUCAGAUCCUGCUGAACCGCAGCGACGCCACCUUCCUGCACGAGGCCAUACACAGCGGGAGGAAAGAUGUCAUGAACGCCGUGAUCGACAGCAACAGGUGUGAGGAGGCCAUCAAAAUGUUCAAAGUGAACUCAGCUAAACGCUUUACUGUUCUGGACAUGAUCGAGUUUCUCCCUGAGUGUUUCAAGCAUCUAUUAGACACCUGCAUUAAAGAGUCAGAGGAAGACGUGAACUCCUGCAAUUACUACCUGGAGUAUAAUUUCCAGUGGCUGCAGAAGCCAAUACAGUCCAUUAAGGAUGAACAGAAAGACAAUUACAAACCCCUGGCUGCACUCAAUGCCAUGGUGGAGUUUAAUCGUGUCGAGUUACUGACACAUCCAGUGUGCAGGAAAUAUCUGGAAAUGAAAUGGUAUGCGUACGGCGUGAAAGCUCACCUGCUCAACAUGACCAUCUACACACUGGGAGUUUUCCCGCUCACCUACCUGAUCGUCAACCUGCGGCCCAAUGUGAGCACGGAGAGAAACGUCACCACCGUCAACAUGGUCACUACGACUCUCAACAAGCAGAGUUAUUCAAUCACCACCUGCAUGUUUCUGGUCCUCGCGAUGAAUCUUUACACAGUCUGCAAAGAAGUAGUGCAGAUGUUUCAGCAGCGGUUAAAGUACCUGCAGGACAUAUCGAACGUGUCGGACUGGUGCGCGUCCAUCUGCUCUCUGCUCUUCGUCUUUCCUCUCCUGCUGAACGUCAAGAAAUCAUGGCAUUGGCAGGCCGGAGCUCUGGCGUCUCUCGCCUCGUGGGUCAACCUGCUCCUCUACCUGCAGCGGUUUCAGAGGUUUGGGAUAUACGUGGUGAUGUUUCGGGAGAUCUGCAACACGCUGCUGAGCAUCAUUCUGAUAUUCGUCUAUCUGAUCCUGGCCUUCGCUCUGGCCUUCUACGCUCUGAUGAUCGAACAGAAACAUUUUGGCCGUCUGUUUCUCUCGCUGAUGCAAACGUUUGCCAUGAUGGCAGGAGAGAUCAACUACCAGGACAACUUCGAGAAACCCUACAUGAACAAACGCCUUCCCUUCCCCACGCUGACGUACUUCAUCUUCAUUUGGUUCGUCCUGCUCGUGCCGAUUCUGCUCAUGAACCUGAUGAUUGGUUUGGCUGUCGGAGACAUCGCAGAGGUGAAGAACAACGCUUGUUUGAAACAGAUAGGAAUGCAGAUUGAGCUUCACACGAGUCUGGAGGAGCGCCUGCCCUACUGGUUCAUGAAGAGAGUCGAUCAAAUCUCUAUGAAGGAAUUUCCGAACAAGUGCUACAAAGGCAAGAAAUGGUUCUCCUGGGGAAGCGACGUGAACAAAGUGAGAGCACGUCUGAGUUCCAGCACGCAGCAGAGCACACAGCUGGAGAGAGAACUCACCAAACAGAAACACAGACUGAAGGACCUCUGUGAGUCCAUGGAGAAGCAGCACAACCUGCUGAAGCUGAUCGUACAGAAGAUGGAGAUCAGCGCCGAGGCAGAGGAACACGACGGCCCGCGUGUCCUGCGCGACUUCAGACACAAACUGAGCGCCAAGAGCAAGUGGGGCCCGCUACUGCGCGCCGUUACGCUCAAGAAGAAGUGA